AGAGAAGAAUCGCUGGGACGUCUAUAUCAUUUUGGCCUCUCUCUCUCUCCCUGCCUUUGCUUUCUCUCUCUUCCUUCUUCGCUUCUUCUCAGCAAAGAAGAAGGAAGAGGAAAGGAAGGGGAAGGAGGGGACGAGGGAAGCUUCAGCUCGAUCCCGAAGCAUCUUCGGUCUCAGCAGCCGGAGAUUUUGUCGGCGGGAACGUUCGGGAAUUUCCUCGGCGCUCGGACGGAUUGAGGAGCUUUUGUUGUUGUCGUUGUUCUUCUUCUUCUUCUGCUCGUUGUUCUGCUGUUCUCUGUGGUCGGCCAAGAUGCUGGUCGCCAAUAGCUUCGACAUGUGGCGGAAGGACGCUUUCUUCUCUGCGGCCGAGGAGGUCCAGGAAUCUGCCGAUGUGAUGGAAUCAACAUACAGAGCAUGGGCUAGGGAGAUGAGAGAAGCAUUAUCACCUGAAUAUUUGAAUGAUCUCUCUAGGGACCUCCAAACUGCUUUAGGUACAGCAAAGUGGCAGUUGGAAGAAUUUGAGAGAGCAGUCAGGCUUAGCCAUGGGCCUCACGGUGACAAAACUACGACAGCUCGACAUGGACAGUUUAUUGUGGCCAUUAGAGAUCAAAUCUCUCGUGUUGAAGCGGCGUUGCAAGAAUUUCUUGGUGAGGGGGGAAAACAGCCCCUUCAGUGGAUAAAUCUUGACAAAGAAGAGCGAGAUGAUUUAGCCUUGUUUCUCUGUGGGACUUCGGAACUAUCGCAAACUGCGAAGGAUGAAUUUACGGAGAAUGGAACAUCUUUGAAGGGUCUCAUUUUGGAAAGUUAUGAUAAGAAGGAAGAUGUGGGGUCUAAUACUAAUGCUGCUUGCAGCAGUGGCUUAAUGGAGGAGAGCAAGAGCUUAAAGGAUGGAAAAUCUAAUGGGGAUGUUCACUGCAUGAUAGCUCUAGACGCAAAAGAUCAAGCAGAUAAAACAGGUGGUACCAGAAGGACAUGGAGUUCACCCAGCAUGGGGGAUUGGAGAAUUGCUGUUGCAGAUGAUGAAGAGAGCAGUAACCUAAUUUCCACUUUUGUUGACACACCUAAAGAAAAGGCCCCAAGAACUCCUUUUUGGAAGAAUAGGUGUGGUGAACGCACUCAAACAAAGUCAUUGACUAGAAUGUUCAAUAAGGCAUUCGGACAUUGUCAUGUGCUUCAAAGACAACCUCAUAGUCCACGGAGUUUGCGAUUUAGUUGUUCAGUUCAAUUUAUGCUUGCCCUAAUGCUAACGAUAUUCCUCAUUGUGCCAUUUGUGUUCUAUACGUCAUAAAGCAAGUGCUUUAAACCUUAUGACCCACAUUAAAGGUGUUGGAUCUGUUCUUACGAAGAUUGAAAGACGGAUGAUUGAUUUUUUUGUCUAUCUAAUAUCUCAUGAGGAUCUAGUAGACCAAGAAAACUACCUAAAAGUCUCCGGAGUGUCGGUGGUUCAUAUGGCAAGCCAGGCAAUGCUUUCUUCGAACAAGGCUUAUGCUGCUUCACAAAUUAAGUGGCACGCAAUACAGUUGUACUCAUAACCAUAUAAGAGGAUUGAGUCUCGAGUUCAAAAUGUGUAGACGAAUAGAGGGAUGGGUUCAUGGCUUGUCACGGGGGAACUUGGGAGCUUAAUUGUACUAUUCUCACUUGUAAAGAGUUUCAGAAAAUCGGAUUGCAGCAUAAAGCUAGUUGUGUCAACUCUUUUCGCGUCAUUCCCAAGCUACUGGAGAUGAUGCCUUUCACCCUGCAAAAGCGGCACGAAAUGAUUGGGGAAUGCCAAUUUGCCUGGUGUCCAAGCCGUAGUUGAUCUGAAAUGUGAAGUUAGAAGGUAUCUGGAUUUUG